AUGAAUUCAACCUCAUAUGACAGUGAACAAAUUGUUUAUGAAAAAUAUAAAGAUUCAAAAGAACAUAUAGACUCGAUAAAAUUUUUUGGUUUAGGGAUUAAAGAUCAAGAUCGUAAUAUAUUAUCAAAUCAAAAUCUUAUAAAAUCAUUCUUUAACUCAUCAAUACCAUUCCUAACUUCACAAUUAUUAUACUCUGAUGACAGCAAUGGUGAAAUUCACAUCACUAUAAAAUCUGGUUUACCAUAUGAUGAUUGGAAUGUUAAAAAGUUAGCAAAAAGUACAGGUUUAUUGCUCGUAAAGACAACCAUGUCAUUUUCCCCUGAUAAUUACCCAGGUUAUGUACAUAGAAGAACUUUGGGUUAUAAAGAUGGGCAAACUGCUGAUCCACCAGAAAGAACACCUUGCACUUUUCUAAACAUUACUACAAAUAAAAUAUAUAACUUGAACCCUUUGACAAAAUCUAGUGGUGAUGAUUGGAUAGUUGAGGGAUAUGAUACAGGUUAUACUUUCAGAAUAAAUAUUUGUCAUGAGCUUCUAUACGACGUUGGUACGAAAGUUGGUAUUUGGGGUGAAAAAGAAAAUGAAAGAGGAGGUGAUAAAGUUAUAUUAAAAUAUAAAUAUGGUAAUUACUGUCCAGGAGAUAAUGCCAAACGUUCGUCUUUAAUUAGUUUUACUUGUGAUCAAUCUGUCAAUGGAAUUGGAUCACCAACUUUCGUUGAUACGGAUGAUUGUACAUAUUUUUUCGAAUGGAGAACUCCUGUCGCGUGUCCUACAGAUGUUACAAACGCUACAAUGAGUGGUUUAGGUGUCUUUUUCACAAUUUUCAUAAUUGCAUUGAUUGUGUAUUUGAUUGGCGGUAUUGUCUAUAAUAGAAUGGAUAUGUUUUUGAGUCUAUUUGUUCAAUGUUCGAUAUUUAAACCUAAACACUCCAGGAGAAGUUAUACAAAUUUACCUGGAGAUGAAUCUAAUGUAUUAAUUAGUGAUGAUUUCGAGGAACAUUAA